ACAUUUGUGAAAAAAGAUGAAAGAACGUGAAGAGCGAGGAACAUGAGGGAAUCUUUCCCUUAUUUUAAGGCAACCCCCACUAAAAUAUAACACCGUUUGGAGCCCGGAAUCGGAAAUACCUGUUUGUGUUCGGACAAAUUAUUAAUUAAGCAAUGGUAUCCAUAUUCCAUCCUCACCCAUUUUUUCAGCCAGUCUUCUCUCACUAAAUCUUAAGACUUCUCUCAGUCUCGCCCUCGCUUGCUUCUCGAUCUUGUUGUAUUUUCUGUUCAUUUGACCCAAGUACUGCUGCUAUAUUUGAAGACUGAACGGCAACUUCAAAUUGACCCCAAACUCAGUAGGACAUGCAGUAGGUUCAAUUGGAAAUGAGCAUACAAAGCCCUUCACCUCCUCAGUGGAAAUAUGAUGUCUUUUUGAGUUUUAGAGGCGAGGAUACUCGAAAGGCUUUUACAGACCAUUUAUACACUGCAUUGGAUCAUCAAGGAAUCACAACUUUCAGGGAUGAUCCUCAACUUCACAAAGGGGAAGCUAUUUCUCCAGCACUUUUUGCUGCAAUUGAAGAAUCAAGAUUUGCUCUCAUUGUUCUCUCACAAAAUUAUGCAUCGUCAACAUGGUGCUUGGAUGAACUUGUAAGAAUUCUUGAAUGUAUGAAAGCAAGAGAAACGGUGCUGCCAAUUUUCUAUGAUGUUGAUCCUUCUGAUGUACGAAAGCAAACAGGGAGAUUUAAAGAAGCUUUCAUUGAUCAUGAAGAAAGGUUUAAGGACGAUAAAGAGAAGGUGCAAAGAUGGAGAUCUGCUUUAACUGAAGUGGCAACUUUCUCUGGGUGGAAUUCAAAGGAAUGGUAUGAAGCAAAGCUCAUUAGAGAUAUUGUUGAAGUUAUAUGGAAAAAACUGCAACCUACAUCAUUCAGUUUUGCACAAAAUCUAGUUGGAAUUUACUCAAGAUUGCAGCCACUCAAUUUGCUUUUAGGUGUAGGGGUGGAUGACGUCCGUUUCAUUGGUAUAUGGGGAAUGGGCGGGAUUGGUAAGACAACUAUGGUAAGAGCGGUGUAUGAGAGAAUAUCUCAUGAAUUUGAAUUUAGUUUCCUUCUUACCGAUGUUAGAGACUCCGUUGAAAAAAGUGGUUUACUUAUUCUACAAAAGCAACUUCUCUCUGGGAUUUGGACAAAAAAGGCUGACAUUUCAGACCUUUAUGAAGGAGCCACCAAAAUAAGGAGGUUGUUAGGUCACAAGAAAGUUCUUCUCAUUCUCGAUGAUGUGACCCAUUCAAGGCAUUUGAAAUAUUUGGCAGGAAACCAAGAUUGGUUUGGUUCAGGGAGUAGAGUUCUCAUCACAACUAGAAAUGAGCAUUUAUUGAUCGAACAUGGAGUGGAGAGAAGAUUGAAGGUUGAGGAAUUUAAUGAUGAGGAUUCUCUUCAGCUUUUUAGCUGGAAAGCAUUCAAAAGAGGUUACCCUGAAGAAGAUUUUCUUGGUUUGUCUAAAUCUGUCAUAAAUUAUGCCAAAGGUCUCCCUUUAGCUCUUGAAGUACUGGGCUCUUUUUUGCAUGGAAGAGAUCGAAGUGAAUGGAACAGUUCAUUAAGAAAACUAGGAAGAGUGUGUAACUUGGAAAUUUUUGACAUACUUAAAACAAGUUAUGAUGGUCUAGAUGAUGAAGAGAAGAAAAUAUUCCUAGACAUUUCAUGCUUCUUUUGCGGAGAGGACAAAGAUAGAGUAACAGAAGUACUGAUCAGUUGCGAUGUUUCUGCGAUUAUUGGAAUAAAAGUUCUUAUCGAAAGGUGCCUCUUGACUGUUUCAUAUGGAAGACUACGAAUGCACGAUUUGCUCCAAGAAAUGGGUCGGGAAAUUGUCUGCCAGGAAUCUACUAAUGAGCCAGGCAGGCGCAGUAGGUUAUGGCUUCCUCAAGACGUCAAACAUGUCUUGACCAAAAAUACUGGAACAGAAGCAAUAGAAGGCAUUGUUCUGGACUCAACUGAGCUCGGAGUAAAGGUGGAGGUGAAUGCUAAAUCCUUUUCGAUGAUGAACAAAUUGAGAUACCUUGUCAUUAAGAAUGGGAAACUACCGAAUGAGCUUGAAUGUCUUCCUAAUAGUUUACGAAUUCUUAAAUGGACCGGGUAUCCCUCGAAAUCUCUCCCAGCGCAUUUCAACCCUGAGAAGCUACUAGAACUUAACAUGUGCCAUAGUUGCAUUGAACAUUUUCCUUUGGAAAUAGAGCCUUUAUACAAUUUGAAAACCGUUAAACUCAGCAACUCUUUGAAUCUUGUCAACACCCCAAACUUUGAAGGUAUGCCACAUCUUGAGCUUCUGUUUCUAGAAGGUUGUACAAGAUUAUAUGAGGUUGACCCAGGAGUUGAAGUGCUUGAAAAUCUUACGAUUCUGAGCUUAAAAAAUUGCAAGAAUCUCGUGCAUUUUGCAAGCAGUGUACGUGGCUUAAAAUCUCUCAAAGUUCUUAAUCUUUCAGGUUGCUCAAAGCUUAAAAAACUACCGGAUGACAUGGGUCAUUUAGUAAGUUUGGAGGAGCUUCAUGUGAAUGGCACUGGCAUAAGAGAAUUACCUUCCUCUAUUGGAAUGCUUGAAAGACUUCCUCUGCUGAAAAUGGAAGAUUGCGAAGAUCUCGUGUGUCUUCCAAUUAGUGUAGGUGGCCUGAAAUCUCUCAAAGAUCUCAAUCUUUCUGGUUGCUCAAAGCUUGACAAAUUGCCAGAGGAGUUAGGCCAUAUAGCGUGUUUGGAAGAGGUUGAUGUGAGUGGGACUUCUAUACGAGAACUACCUUGCUCUAUUGGCAUGCUUGAAGGACUUGUUUCUAUGUCGUUGAGAGAUUGCAAACGUCUUGUGUGUCUUCCAAGCAGUGUGGGUGGCUUAAAAUCUCUGAAAGAUCUCAAUCUUUCUGGUUGCUCAAAACUUGAUAAAUUGCCAGAUGAGUUGGGUUUUGUUGCCUGUUUGGAGAAGCUUGAUGCGAGUGGAAGUGGCAUAAGAGAAGUGCCAUCCUCUAUUGGUCUUUUGAAAAACCUCAAAGAAUUAUAUCUUGGUGGAUGUAAAGGACGGUCACCUAAAUCAUGGAAUAUGAUGUUCAACCCUUUUCAGUUAUUGCGAAAAAGAAGUCACAUUCUGGCAGGAUUGUCGUUGCCCACUUUGUCUGGUUUGCAUUCAUUAACCAACUUGGAUCUAAGUGACUGCAAUCUUUCUGAAAUCCCCAGUGAUUUUGGAUGCUUGUCCUUGUUAACAAGUUUAGAUUUGAGCAAAAAUCAAUUUGUUAGACUACCUGAGAGCAUCGGCCAACUCUCUAGACUUGAAUGGCUUCACUUGGAUUGGUGCCGCAAGCUUCAGACAUUGCCAGAGCUUCCAACUGGUUCAUGGAUAAACAGCAGCAAUUGCAUUUCAUUAGACACAUUGUCCAAUCAAAUAGGAAAAUUGAUGGGUGUUAACUGUUUCAAAAUGGUGGAGAAUGAAAGCUGUAAGAGUACAGCACUUUCAUUGCUAACACGCUACCUGAAGUUUCAACAUUGGACUUCUUCCGGAUUUACCCGUGAUUUUCACUUUGUUGCUCCUGGAGAUGAAAUUCCAGAGUGGUACAAUCACCAAAGUAUGGGGUCUUGGAUAACUGUAGAGUUGCAUCCAGGUUGGUUUACUAAUAAGUGGAUGGGAUUCGCAUUCUGUGUCGUUUUUAGACUCCUCAAACCACUCCCGCCUUUGGUUCGGUGGUCAAUUCAGUGCUCAUUGAAGGCCAACGGAAAAGUCUAUGCUGUUUCUGGUCUAGGUUUUGGGGGACAGUGGGGUCAACCAGUGUCGGAUCACAUUUGGUUCUUCUGUGGGCAACGUGAUGAAGACUCUCAUCUACUUUGGUGGCAGGAAAUCUAUCAGUUUGAAUUGGACUUCUCCAUAGGAAUGAAAUUUGUGCAAGUGAAGAAGUGUGGGGUCCGUAUGGUAUAUGAGGAAGAUGUGGAGGAGCUUUGGCAAACAUUAUUAAAGCAGAGAAAUACCAAGCGAGGCCUACAACACUACUAUGAUGAUGAUGAUGCAGCAUCUAGUAGUACUGCAACUGGUGCAAGUCAGGAAGAGGAAGAAGAACCUCAUCCAAAAAGAUUUAAACGACUCCAGCUUGACGGUGCAGGACCUAGUGACCAGAAACAUGAUUAAAGCAUUUUUUUUUUGUUUGUGAAAAUUUCUUCUUGUCUUCGAAUGAACACAUGCAUGUUGAUGCGCUCCUUAUUUUUCAUUUGGUUAAUUAUGCCUACCGGUGUGAUUGAUCCUUUGCUCCAUGAAGCAGCAAUAUUUAGUUAAUCCCAA